AUGGUUAACAUCAUCUCAAAGAAAAGAAAAUUGGUCGCUGACGGUGUCUUCUACGCCGAAUUAAACGAAUUCUUCACCAGAGAAUUAGCUGAACAAGGUUACGCUGGUGUUGAAGUCAGAGUUACUCCAACCAGAACUGAAGUUAUUAUCAGAGCUACCCAAACCAACGCUGUUUUAGGUGAAAACGGUAGAAGAAUCUAUGAAUUAACCUCAUUAGUCCAAAAAAGAUUCAAAUUUGCUCCAGGUACUAUUGUCUUAUACGCUGAAAGAGUUCAAGACCGUGGUUUAUCUGCUGUUGCUCAAGCUGAAUCAUUAAAAUUCAAAUUAUUAAACGGUUUAGCUAUCCGUCGUGCUGCUUACGGUGUUGUCAGAUAUGUUAUGGAAUCUGGUGCUAAAGGUGUUGAAGUUGUUAUCUCAGGUAAAUUAAGAGCUGCUCGUGCUAAAGCUAUGAAAUUCCAAGAUGGUUUCUUAAUCCACUCUGGUCAACCAGUUAAAGAUUUCAUUGACACUGCUACCCGUCACGUUUUAUUAAGACAAGGUGUUUUAGGUGUUAAAGUUAAAAUUAUGAGAGACCCAGCUACCAACAGAGUUGGUCCAAAAUCUUUACCAGAUUACGUUAAAGUUCAUGAACCAAAAGAAGAUGAAGCUAUCCCAGCUCCAACUGUUAAAUCAUACGUUCAAAAAGAAGAACCAGCUGCUGAAGAACCAGAAGCUGCUGCUGAACAAGCUGUUGAAGCUUAA